CAGCAGCAAUACUUCACCCAUCGACUCCCUGAAACAAACAUGUCUGGCAAAAAUACUCUGCUCGAUGAAGAAGAACCAGAUCUCAGGAUUGCUGUUAUUGGGAAAACUGGAACUGGGAAAAGUGCAGUAGGAAACACCAUCUUAGGGGAAAGAUUUUUUAUGUCUAGGCUGUCUGCUUCCUCAGUGACAUCAGAAUGUCAGAAGGAAACAGAUCAGUUUGAAGGUCAGAAACUGGCUGUUGUUGAUACUCCAGGUCUGUAUGACACCAGAAAAAAUCAAGAGGAGGUGACAAGAGAGAUCGCUAACUGCAUCUGCUUUGCUGCUCCUGGUCCUCAUGUGUUUCUGGUUGUGUUGCAGCCAACCAGAUUCACCAAAGAAGAGCAAGAAACUGUAAAACUCAUUCAGGAGAUCUUUGGAGAAGUUUCAGCACAUUACACUAUAGCCCUGUUCACUCAUGGAGAUCAGCUGGAAGAAGAAGGAAUCACCAUGGAAGAACUAAUCAAUGGAAAUCCAGAUCUCAGUGACUUCAUCGGUCAGUGUCAUGGAGGAUACCAUGUGUUUAACAACAAGGCCAAGGAUCCAUCACAGGUCAGAGAGCUGCUGAAGAAGAUCAGCUCCAUGGUUCAGAAAAAUGGAGGAAGUUGCUACACCAAUGAGAUGUUCCAGGAGGCUGAGAGAGACAUAAGAGAAAAGACCAAGCCAGACCUGAGGGUGGUGCUGGUGGGCCAGGAGAAAGUGGGGAAGAGUUCAGCAGGAAACACCAUCCUGGGAAAGAAGGUUUUUGACUGUAAGAUCAGCUCCAGUCCUCUGACUCUGAGCAGUAAGAAGAUAGAAGCUGAUGUUCUGGGUCGCAGAGUCUCUGUGGUCGACACCCCCGGACUCUUCAGCACCCGACUGACUGCAGAAGAGGUAAAAGCAGAGCUGGAAAAUGCAGACGAGCUGAGCUCUCCAGGUCCUCACGUCUUCCUGCUCAUCCUUCAGCUUGGAAGAUUCACAGAACAAGAACAAGAAGGGCUGAAAACUCUGCAGGAGAUGUUUAAUGCUGAAAUCUCCAAACACACAAUGGUCCUGUUCACCUAUGGAGACCGACUGGAAAACACCAACAUGGAGCAGUUCAUCAGAGAGGACGAGAACCUGCAGGAGCUGCUGAGGAACUGCAGCGGUGUGUACCAUGUGUUCAACAACAGAAAGAUAGAAGACAGGAGUCAGGUCCAGGAGCUGCUGGACAAAAUAGACUCCGUCUGUGAGGGAGGACACUACAAGAGGACGUCACAGGCAGCGUGGUACAGCUCUCUCAGGAGUUUCUGGUUCUUUAGAAGAAUCAGACAGAUUGGGAGUCAGAUAUUCGUCAUCAUCAGCUCCAUAAUGGCAAGAAAGUGUGGUUUGUGUGUGUGUGUGUGUGUGUGUGUGUGUGUGUGCGCAUAUGUGUACUCAAACAUUUUGUAAAAUGUCUUUUGUAACCAGAGUUUAAUCACACACAUCUUUAAAUAUCACAGACAUAUAACUGUAUUGAACCGAAACU